CAUCUUUUUUUCCUCACAAACACUUUUCUCUGCUCCUGCUUUGUGGGUGUGCUCUUUGGAAAACCAAGGAGAAUUCACUCGGAAUAGCAUCAAAACAAACUGAAAAAUUGACUUUGGACAAGUCCAGUGGUACACCGAAUACCAAAUAUCCAUUACAGAACCGGAGGAGCAGCAACAUACAUAUUCAUACAUAAUGCCACGCUACCGCGAAUGGGAUUUGGCCUGCAAAGUUUACGUGGGCAACCUGGGAUCCUCGGCCUCCAAAUACGAGAUUGAGAACGCCUUUAGCAAAUACGGACCCUUGCGCAACGUCUGGGUGGCCCGCAAUCCGCCCGGUUUCGCCUUCGUCGAGUUCGAGGAUCGUCGCGACGCUGAGGAUGCGACCCGUGGCCUCGACGGUACCCGCUGCUGUGGCACCCGCAUCCGUGUCGAAAUGUCAUCGGGCCGUUCACGUGAGGGUCGCGGCGGUGGCGGAGGAGGCGGCGGCGGUGGAGGAGGCGGAUCCGGUGGCGGUGGCCGCGGCGGUGGCAGUGGCGCCCGUGCUGGAGGCGGUGGAAGGGCUGGCGAUGGCGGCGGUCGCUAUAGGAUAAAGUCUUCUUCUUCUACUACAACAAGCACAACAAGAACUACUACAACAACAACAUCAAUAAUAAUAAUAAUAAUAAUGAUAAUUAAAAGAACAACAAAGAAAAAAGAAAAAACAACAGCUACUACUACUAGAACUUCUACUACUCCUCUUCCUUCAACAACAACAACCAAAAGAACAACAACAACAGCUACUACAAGAACAACUAGUACAACAGCAGAUCCUGCUCCUCCUAUUACACACAUUUCACCAACAACAACAACUACAGCCACCACCACACCACCACCAUGCAAUAACAAUUUGUUGUGCGGCCCUAACCAGAAAUUCAACAAAUUCGAUAUAUUCCGCUGACCACAAAACCAAGAACCAGAACCAAACCGAACGACUGCAACACUACUACACCCCCUCCACCACCUGUUCAGCUCAACCCAGGCAAAAAAAAAAGAAAAACAGAAAAAAAAAUGAAUCAUCAGAGCAACGUCUUCGGCUCCGCAGCUUCAAGAAUAAUGCACCCAAAACCAGACCGAACACCACCCACAGUCACCUAACUACACAUUCCACUAUGGGGCACACGAUCAGCUAAAAA